AUGCUGGAGGUUUGUUUCAAGUACUACAGAGGAUGCCAGGACUGUCAGAGGUUUGUGGCAGUGCAUAUGGCUCCAGCAGACUUACUACACCCGAUCGUCAAGCCAUGGCCGUUCAGAGGAUGGGGCAUGGACAUGAUCGGCCAGAUCAACCCUCUGACCAGUAAAGGACAUAAGUGGAAUUUAGCAGCCACAGACUACUUCACCAAGUGGGUUGAGGCCGUUCUGAUGAAGAAUGUCACGGCUAAAGAUGUGGUGAACUUCGUCAAGGAGCUUAUUGUAUACAGAUUUGGUAUUCCUCAGAUGAUUACUACCGAUCAAGGGACGGUUUUCAUGGCAGAGGAAUUCAAGAAGUUUACCAAGGAGAUGGGCAUAACUCUGAUCCAGUCAUCUCCGUACUACACACAAGCCAACGGGCAGGCUGAAGCAUCGAACAAAAGCCUGAUCAAACUAAUCAAGCGCAAGAUCGAUGAGUACCCGAGACAAUGGCACGAGCGUCUAGCGGAGGCAUUGUGGGCGUAUCGGAUGUCUUGCCAUGGGUCCAUCAAGUGCGCGCCGUAUCAGUUGGUCUACGGACAGGAAGCCGUGAUGCCUUGGGAGGUCAACAUCGUGUAA